GCAGUUGUAGUUUUGUAGCAGAGAGAGGGAGAGAGAGAGAGAGAGGUAAUGAUUUAUGGGAAGAGAAGGAGAUCGCAAAAGCUCGUGAUCAUGAGGAUUUCCUCUCUCUCUAUCUCUAUCUCUUCUCUUUCUGUCUCCCCCUGCGCAUAGAGAGAGAGAAAAGAGAGAGAGGAGGAACAGAAGGGAAACAGAAGCAGAAUUAGCAGGGUUUUAAUCAGCCCCUCAAAGGAAUUUGCAGGCCCCCUUUUCCCCGUCUUUUCCUUUUCUCGUGAUCUCUCUCUCUCUCUCUUUUUCCUCUCUCUCUGCAGCUUCGUAUUGAGGAAAAGCGUCCUUCGUUUUUCUUCUUUCUUUACUUUUGCGAGCCAAGUCCUAGGCUAUAUAACUGUUGCUUCAAGCCCAGACAGUUGUAACGGGAUUCGAAUUAGAGAACCCUCCGUCAAGGACGACGUUGGGUGAGGAAUUUUGAGCACACCACACCCUCCAUACCCUCCAAGCCGAGACUCGCACAAUCCGUAUACAGAUUGGCGUUACAGAAGGAGGCGAAGAAGAAGGAGGAGCAAAAAUGGGGUCUUGUGGGAGGAGUGGGACAGUAAGGCAGUACGUAAGGUCGAAGGUCCCACGGCUGAGAUGGACUCCGGAGCUCCACCAGUGCUUCGUCCACGCCAUCCAACGUCUCGGCGGCCAAGACAAGGCGACGCCGAAGCUAGUGCUUCAGCUGAUGGACGUGAGAGGGCUUACCAUCUCUCAUGUCAAGAGCCAUCUCCAGAUGUACAGAAGCAUGAGGAGCGACCUAGGCAGAUCAGAUAGGGGCUGCGGCCAACAAAAGAGACGGGCGGCCGAAGACGACGAUCCCGAUCGUGACGGCGGGUGCGUGGAGGAGGUGAAUGACGACGAAGGCCCUCCUCAUGCAUUCGCAAAACCCGUUCAUCAUUCUAGAUUCGCAUGCAGUUCUCCUUGUAAACGAUCGAGGACAGAGAAGGUGGCGACGACGACGACUUCAGCAGUUGCAGAACAGGCGCCGUACGGCUUCGAGGUAGGGGCGUGGAUGGUUUCAGAUGGCACACUCCAUGCAUGCCCCGAGAUCUCCACAGCUUCAACGAUCCUCUCGAGUGCGCCGCGAAAGAAGAAUCUAAAUUCCCUUUGAUUGCGAAGCUUCAAGAUCGGAUGCAGAUGCCUCGAAAAGGGUUAAAGCUCACAGACUGGAGGAGCUUCCCCUUGGAGGAGUACGAGGUAUCCCAAGGUUGUGAACUGUCUCUCUCGCUUUCGCUGCAAUGUCACUCCAUUCACAGAAGCAAUGGUUCCUCGACCAGCGAGAUCAGCGAGGCCUUCUCGUCGUGCUCGAGGUCCAGGGAGUGCUCGGGCCCAUGCUCGGACAAAAGCAGCGUAAAUCUGGAUCUGUCCAUCGCUCUUUGUGGCUCCUAGAUUAAAGUUUCCUGUGAAAAUGGUGUGGUACAACGUUUUGUAUUCUUUUUUGUUGGUUUUGAUCAGAUCAUCCCCUUUUAUAUAAUUCAUGGUAGUUGGUAGUACCACUUCGGCUAUAUAUAUAUAUAUUAAGCCUUAUGCAGUUCUUGUUCUGAAGAUGGACGAGAUUGGUUGUACCGUUCAUUGUAGGUAAAGGCAGCGAGCCUUAGGAAUGUAUAUGUACGUCUGUGUUAGAUUAUGAAUGUGAUUUAAACAA